AUGAUUGCACCGAUUUGUACUCAGCGGGAUGCCGAUGGGAUCGAUAUCUACUUCCUCAAUCACCCAGAUUCUAGCAUUUACCACAACGUCACCUCAGCGAGUACCAUCAUCGAGAUCUUCCAGACCGUGCGUCCCAGCGGUGGUACACCAACCGGUCAGCGCUUGAAUAAGAUCUUGAAGUCAUAUAUCCAGCGAUUCAUGAGAGACAAGACGAUUAAGCCAAUGAACAUUAUUGUCAUCACCGAUGGGGUGCCUUCUGACGAUGUCGAAUCCGUCAUCGUCUCAGCUGCCAUGAAACUCAGCAAAGAAGAUGCAGAACCAUGGCAAGUCGGUAUUCAAUUCUUCCAGGUUGGCAAAGAGCCCGGUGCACGGGAGCACCUCAAGAGUUUGGAUGAUAAUAUUGCCGAAGUAGCGGGGAGCAUGACAGGUAAUAUGCCGGUGAGAGAUAUUGUGGAUACGAUUCCUUUCACUGGCGAAGGAGAUGCCGAGCUUACCGCCACGGGAAUCCUUAAAGUCGUACUGGGCUCAGUUCACAGACGCUGGGAUCAUAAUUCCCGGAACUUGCAUCGUAGCUAG